AUGUCUGAGUCCAGGAUGAAAAUUUUCAAGCAAUGUGUUGAGCAAGUUGGUGGUAUUGACACCUCAAUGGGAUUGCGAUUAGAUGUGCCUACUAGAUGGAAUUCCACUUAUGACAUGCUUGAAAGUGGAAUUAGAUAUAAAAGAGCUUUUGUUUGCAUGUCUUGUCGUGACACUAAUUUUAAGCAUUCCUUAUCAAAUGAAGAGUGGAGGAGAGCAGAGGAAAUGUGCAUUUUUUUACAACCAUUUGCAAUGAUUACUACUUUGAUUUCUGGCACAUCUUAUCCAACUUCCAAUAUGUAUUUUGGACAAAUAGCAAAAGUUGAGAUUUUGUUGAAUGAUGCCAUUAGCAAUCGUGAUCCUGUGAUUUCUAGUAUGGCAAUUAGAAUGAAGGAUAAAUUUGACAAGUAUUGGAGUGAUUAUAGUGUGAUCCUUUCAAUUGGAAGUGUUUUUGAUCCACGAGCAAAGCUUGAAGCAAUCAAGUAUUCUUUCUCUUUGAUUGAUCCUGUGGAUUACUACAUGAAAGUUGAUAAUAUCAAACAAAAGUUGUCUUAUAUCUUUGAUCAAUACAAAGAGAUGGGUGGAUCUUCCAUUAAUGUUACAUCAAGUUCAACUCCAAUACAAAGUCAACCAAGCUUAAGCACAAGUGGAAGGAUGGUAGAGAAGAAGGAACCAACCAUGUCUUGGAUUCAACUUUAUGGUGAUUUUCUUAAUUUCAAGAGUAAGGAUGUUUCUUCUGUUGGGAAAUCUGAACUGGAUUAUUAUUUGGAAGAAGCUUCUCUUGAUGGUCACCAAUUUCCAGAGUUGGACGUGUUGCAUUGGUGGAUGACUAAUCAACAACGAUUUCCCAAUCUUUCAAAGAUGGCAUGCGAUAUUUUAAGUAUUCCGAUAACUACGGUAGCUAGUGAAUCGGCUUUUAGUAUUGGUUCUCGUGUUCUAACAAAGUAUCGUUCUAGCCUCCUUCCAGAUAAUGUGCAAGCAUUAAUUUGUACUCGAAAUUGGUUACAUGGUUUUGUUCCACCAUUAUGUGGUGAGGAAGAAGUGGUUGCAGAGUAUAUUGAUAUUGAAGCCCCUCCACCUUUAACAAGUGGACCUACUUCUCAGAGUUCUAAUGAGACCUUAAAUGCGAGCAAUGGCAGUUGGAGCUAUAACAGAGAAUGCGUUGGAACAAUGACAGAGGGUGUGACAGAAAUGGGACCACCAUUAGAGCAGAAUUCUCACCGACGAUUGCGCAACUCUAGAGCUAAUAUAGAGAACCCAAGGAACUACAAAGAACACGGACAAGAAGUAGCUCGAGGGAGACGCCGAAACAAAGCAAAUAGGGCUCUGGUGCGUGCCAGGGGUCCUUAA